CUACCUCAAAUUUCGGAUUUAUGCUCCUAUUGGCGAACGGCUGUAAAAGAAGAGUCCAGACAUCUUUGGAUAGCGAACUUCAUGCCUAUUAGUUGUGUAUUAACGUUAUAUUAUUACCUGCUGUCUGUGUGCACUUAACACAAAACACAUGUAACAACUUGAGCCAGUCCAUCUCCUCCCCCUACAGCUGUGAGAUUUUGCUGCCUGACAACAAAAACAACCGAGAGGGGACGAAGCAGAAGCUGCCCGUACAGAUGCAGGGGAAGACUGGAAAGUAGAUGCCAAACAAUUAAUACCUUUCAAAGCGGAGGACUGUCGGGUCGAACAUUAAUGAAAGGAUCCUGAUUAGCGUUAUCUGGAUUGGGAAAUCACACACAAUAAAGUGUAUACAGGUUCAGUGUAUACGAAGUUUGCAUUAUAUACAGACUGGGACAGUGCAUGUCUGUGUGAGGACAACAGAGAGAAAGCAGGUGCAACCAGAUCUGUCAUCUUUUAACUGUGGCUUUGUUUGGGUCAUGAAUACUGGAACAACGAAUGUAGCCUCUAUUGUGUUCCUCAAACUAAGAGGCCCCUCACACUUGCAAUUAUAGUGAGACCCCUGUGGACGGUUCUUGUUGCCUUUCUGCGAAAGUGAUGGUACUUUUUACAUGCUAUAAAAUGCCACUCAAUAAAGAAAAGCCCUGUGGAACUGAGGAGCCAAUGAGCGACUCUGAUACAUCAAGACUUUCUGAAAGCACAACAUCUUCCAGCGAUAAUGAGUCUCCCAGGGAAAGCUUCACUAGUGAUUCUUCAUGCAAAAAUGCUUCUCCUUCCUCAAGUCCACCAAAGCCAGUGACAUUAGAUGACAUGAUGGCAACUACAAGAAACCUUGGCAACUUAAUGCUUGCCCAUGAAAUUGUCACAAAUGGAAAUUUUCAGAUAAAUCACAUAGAUCCUCCCCAAAACAGCUUAGAAGGAAGAGUAAAGCAAAUUGUUCACAAAGCAUUUUGGGAUUGCUUGGAGUCAGAACUGAAUGCGGAUCCACCUCAGUAUACGUAUGCGAUCAAACUCUUUGAUGAAAUUAAAGAGAUCUUGCUUUCCUUCUUGACCCCUGGUACAAAUAGGCUCCGGACUCAAAUCUGUGAAGUUUUAGACGUGGACCUUAUAAAGCAGCAAGCUGAGCACAAUGCUGUUGAUAUUCCCAAGCUUGGAGGUUACAUUAUUACUAUAAUGGCAAAGUUAUGUGCUCCUAUUAGGGAUGAAGAUGUUAAAAACUUGAAAGCAACUGGAAAUGUUGUGCAGAUGUUACGUGAUGUUUUCCGGGUUUUGGAUCUUAUGAAAAUGGAUAUGGUCAACUACACUAUUCAGAAUAUCCGACCACAGCUUCAGCAUCAGUUAGUGGAGUAUGAAAGAGGGAAGUUUCAAGACAUCCUCGAGAAGACGCCAGACGCCCUUAAUCAAACAACAGAAUGGAUAAAUGGAUCCCUUAGAGAUGCCAUGCAAAAAACAUCUGGUGAAAGUUCCUCAGAUGCUAGUGGAGAAUCUAUGGAUAAUCUCAGUCCCACAUUGGUUCUGAAUAGAGGAUAUCUGAAACUUCUGCAGGUGGACUAUCAAAAUGCUGUGCCAGAGACUCUCAUAACUGAAGAUUUGCGUAUUCAAGAUUUAAGACACAAACUGCAACAAAUUAAAAUUGUGGCUUCUGUGUGUCUAGUUACUCAGAAUGCAAUAGGGCCUUAUUGCACUUCUGCAUUUACUGAUCAUAUCAAAGAGAUUUCAGCAAUUCUCCUCCAGGGCAUAAACAACAGGGCAUUUAAUUUGAGAGAGACUCUUACUGCUUUAAGUGUUAAGCUGUGUUUUGAGAUGAACAAAUCCUUGAAGGAAAGAGGUCUAACCAUACUUAGUUCAGAAGCACAAAUGAACUUGCAGGGCCAGAUCUGCAGCAUUAUUGAAAAGGAUCAUCCUAUUUACAAUUUGAUUGAAAAGCGGAUCCAAGAAUACCUAAGCAUAUUUCUCUGUCUUCCUUAUCCAUACAAACGUGUCCCCUUGCUUCCUGGAGGCCUUACUACUGUUCAAAAGGAACUUGAAUUUGUUGCAUUUCACUUUGCCAACAUUGUGAACUUUAACAAACAGGUGUAUGGACCUUUUUAUGCCAAUAUCUUCCGGAAGCUACUUUUCAGCGAGGCGCCAGGAAAACCAGUGGAAACUGUGUCAUCAUGAGAAAAAGACCUGGACACAUUUCUAUUUUUCUUUUUUUUUUUCUUUUUGUUGUUGAAGAUUUUCUCUUUUUUUAAACACAAGGGAGGGGAUUCCAUUCAAAAGAAAACAAAAUAUUAUUUUAAAUAAAGAGACGGUAUUUUUUAAAUAACAGACAAGAAGGUCCUGCAGAUUUUAUGAGAGAAUUAAUUGCCUUGUCACUUUCAGAGAUUUCAUUUUACUGGUGCUAAGAUGGAUAAACUUACACAUUCUGCACAGGGAAUUCUUAUUUUGCUCAAUAAUCGUUGCGGAUUGUGUGUAUGUCAGCUUCAUAGCAGCUGACAUACACACAAUGAUUCACGAUACUAAAUUGGUGCUUUUAUAUUUAGUAAUGAUCCAAUUAUUACAGCUUCAGAAUUCACCAUGGACUAUAACAGAAUUCCUAAAAGAAGGGAAAUUUAGAAAUGGAUGACACUACAAAGACAUUACAGGAAGCAAACGUGGAUUUUUAUGAAAAGGGAAAGUAUACAUUUUUUUCUUUUUAAACAAUGAGAUUUUGGGCAAUUUCACUUGAUUAAAGUUAGAGCAUUUUCCUGGAGAUUAAUUGAAAAAAAAACCAAAAUGUUUAUAAAAUAUUUUGUUGGUAGCACAAGCCAAAGCAUCCUGCUAUGAUUGAUGUAUAUAGAAGAUACUGGGCCCAAGAGCAGAAUGAUUUAGGGGUCCCCAUAAUGUAUCGGUUUAAAAUUAAUAUACUGUAACUGUAAUAUUAUAUUAAACAGAACUUCUACAGGGCCCUCUAUACUCCUGGAACACCAUGCAGUCUAUGGGAUAUAUGUUUUAAUCAGCUAGAAGGACUGUACCAAGUAUUUUCUGCACAAUGGUAUGCUUAAUCAUUUUAAAAUCUUACGGCUUGAAUUAAUUUAAAGGGAAGGUUGUGAUUGUUGAUACAGAUCCCAUUGGAUUAGGUCCAUCCAGUAGUGAUUUUAACACAUAGCCGAAUAUUGAUUAAAGGGCAUGUAAAGGCAAACAGGGCAUGUAAAGGCAAACAAAUAAAAUCCAAUUUACCGUUUUUAUAAGAAA